UCCGCCAAGCCCAUCUGCUCUGGUGGCUUCGGUGAUGUCUACACUGCCACAUACUUUGGAACCCGUGUUGCCGUGAAGCAACUCAGGUGCAGCUGCCUCGAACAAGAGAUUGGCGAGUUUCGAAGAGAGAUUCGGGUAUGGCAUCAACUGAGCCACAACCACAUCCUGCCCCUCCGCGGCGCCUGCGACACUGUAGAGAAGCUCUUCAUGGUCUCGCCCUUCAUGGAAAACAGCACCCUCAAAUCGUACUUG